UUUUGGCCCUCCUCCGCAGCCGUCCAUGCGUCAUCAAACAGCGACUACCCACGUGACCACAGCAUAGCAGCGGUAAAGCGCACGUCUCGCUUUCUCAUCAGGCUGUUCUGCUCUGUCCCUCCUAAAGGGGACAGCUGCUGUCCUCCUCUGUCAGCCAUGAGUGACAGCGACGACGACGUCCCCACGCUGUCAGCUCACACUCUGGCCGCCUUGCAGGAGUUUUACAACGAGAGCAAAGCCAGUCCGGCUCACAGCACCGCUCCAUCAGACCGCUUUGCUGUGGGAGCAGUGGAGGAGGACUGGCGGAUGAGCCAGUUCUGGUACAGUGACGAAACAGCAACUCAGUUGGCUGAGGAGGUCGUACGUGAAGCUGGAGAGGGAGGCAGGAUAGCGUGUGUGAGCGCGCCUACUGUGUACCAGAAGUUGAAGCAGGGUUUGGUGGACGGCUCGGACCGGGUGUCUGCCGUCGUGUUGGAGUACGACCGUCGCUUCGCCACAUACGGCGAUGACUUCAUCUUCUACGACUACAACGAGCCGUUGUCUCUCGGGGACAACGUGGCUCCUCGAAGCUUCGACAUCGUCCUCGCCGACCCGCCGUAUCUGUCAGAGGGGUGUCUGAGCAAAGUGGCCCAAACCAUCAAGUACCUGAGCAAAGGCAAAGUGCUGCUGUGCACAGGUGCCAUCAUGGAGAAUCUCGCCAAAGACCUCCUGGAUGUGAAAAUGUGCAGCUUCCUGCCUAAGCACAACAGGAACUUGUCCAACGAGUUUCGCUGUUAUGUGAACUAUCCGUCUCGCCUGCUGUCGUGCUGAGGAUCUGAUCUCAGUCUGACAGAGACUUUUUGAUGCACAGAUUUUUUUCCAGCGACGCGGCGCUUCGGUUGAGGGAAAGCGGACAUUUUCAGUGUUUUGCCAGUUUUACUCACCAUGUGGAGCAUGUCUCAACCUGUGAAAACAUCUAUGUUCCAUCUCCUGCUGCUCUAACCCUUACCCUUUGUCAAACCUCAAAGUUAUCCAUCUUUUCAGUUAUUUUUUGUCACCAGUAGGUGGCAGCAUUGACCAGGUCACUGAUAAUAAAAAGGCAUUCUACUCCA